GACCUGCUUCUGGAAGACAGACUAGUUUAGAAGCACAAAAGUCAGACUCAAAGUCAGAAACUGGGUAAAAUUUGCCCUUAAAUUGCGGUCAUGGAGGGAAAGCGUUCAUCUUCAGGGAGACAGAAACGAGUGUCCCGCUCUCCAGAAGCCAACUACUGGGACUGUAGUGUCUGCACUUAUCGUAAUCGAUCAGAGGCAUUCAAAUGUGAGAUGUGUGAUGUCAGAAAAGGCACUUCUACUCGUAAGCCACGUUUGAAUGCACAGCUAGUCGCUCAACAGAGAGCCCAGCAAUUCAUGGCCCCUGGGACUGGUCUACAUCAACCAAAGCAUCUCAGAAAACAAGGUCUAAGUCAAAGGAAAAACAGACCAAGAUUAAAAAAUGUUGACCGAAGUACUGCCAUAUCAACUCAGGUUGUGGUCAACGAUGUGCCAGUGAUCAUCACAGAGUAUAGAGAAAAGGCCCAUACAAAAGUUUCACCAGACUCUGAUGAUAACACCUCAUCUGGCGAUCAAACAACUAAUAAUGUGAAUGGAGUGUAACCGCCAGCCGCUUGGGUGCUUUUUCUUUUUUUGUAUGACUGAAUUGAUUGAUAACUGAAAGGUUAAAAAACUAGAGAAUGGAGGAAUGACUUUGAUAUGCUGCUUUUCCUGCAAUGUGGGUAAGUUAUGAUGAUGAGUUGGGAUUUAAGGGAAAGGUAGCUUGUAUGGUGCUCUAAACAUGUAUCAUUUGGAUGGUUAUUUGUAUACAUUAUUGUUGUAACAAACUCUUCUUAUGUUAACAGCUAUUAAUUGUAGAUGUAUGUCUUGGAAUAGAGGAAUAUACAUUGUAUGUUUACCAUAAUCUUGUGUCACAAAACCAUAUUUUGUCAGAGUUGCUGUAGUUGAAGGAAUAGUACAUGUAGUCCAUAAAUCUUCAGGGAUUGUCUGACACAGAUCUGGCUGUAAGGUAAUGACUUUCAAAAUAGUAGUUAAACGCAGCACCCUUUCAGAUUACAUAGUGCUUGUUGUGAGAUAGAUCUUAAGGUGGUGCCAUAAAUGUAUAUUUCUCUGUUAAGUCAAAAAUAACAUUUGUACAUACGUGUAGGAAGAGGAGAUAAUUAGCUCUUGCCACAAAAAAUAAGUUUUUUUCCUGACCUUCUUUUUCUAUCAGAUUUAACCCUAGCAUCAAUAAAUAUGCAAAGAUAAAUCUACCAUAAAUUGUGGUGUACUUGUAGAAUAUAUUGAACGAGAUUUGAUUUUUAAAUUUUAAUUUUGAUAGAUGAAAGAUGACUAAAGCAGAAGAUGAAUGAAAGCUGACCUGAAUGAAGUUUUGUUGUAUUUCAGUCAUUUUGACUUUGGAGUUAUGAGUUGGGAAACUCCUGUGUACAUACUUUUUAGUAAAAGAUAAAAUCAUUCCUUUUGCCAUGUUUAAGCAUACAUGUAGAAGCAUGGAAACUCAAGAUUAGUUGAAGGAAAAUGAAACCCAACAAACUUUAGCUGACAGCCUUUUUACAAAUUAUGAGCCAUUGUAAAGUACAUGUACAUGUAUCUUGAAAUUGCUCCUAUUCAAUUACUUAGCAAAGAAAACAAUCUCUUUAAAAAUAUUUUCACUAGCUGACAGUUUUGAAUAUGAUUAUCAGCUAAUGUUUGUUGGGUUUCAUUCUCCUUGAAAUUAUUUAUUAUAUACUAGGUGAGAUGUAAUAUUCAUAUUUUUUAUAGGAUGACAUAUUUUUCCUUGUUCUAGGACUUAAAAGGUAUAGUACACAAAAAAUUGUCUGUCUCUCAGAAGAAAUCUUCCCAAUUACUGGUGUACUCUAUUUGUUGAAAUUGUGAAAACAACCUUUCCUCUGAACUAUUGCUCUAGUGAGGUUCUCAUGGUGGAACGAGACACAUGAUAUUUGUUGAUAGAUUAGUGUGAUAUAAGAAACUAUGACAUGCAAGAAGCUCUUGUCAAAGUUGUAUGUGCUGCACAAUGGUGGAUUUCAUUCACUCAAACCAAGUGUAAAUGGGGAGAAUUUUUAUUUUGUACAUAAUAUAGAUUUUACUCUCAUAUCCUUUAAGUCCUUGUUUUUCCUACAUAGGUUAAAGGUAAUAUAAACCCCUUUUUUAUUUAAAGAGAAAAACUAAUAUUUCAUGAUGUUAACGAUGCAAUUAGCUACAUGUACUGUAAUGUUUAAAACCAUCCAUCUGAGCAUCUGUGACUGAAUAUUUCUCUAUUGUAAAUAAUAUAGACUUAUUUUUUGCUGUAAAUAGCUAAAUUUGCUAGACUGCCGGACUCUGGCCUAUGUAGAUGACUAUAUAUUAGAAGCUGAUCUAGUGUUGUUGUUUUGUUUUUCAAAUGAAUUGAGUGCACAAAGAUUUAUGUCACUUUAAAUGAAAUUGUUAAUUAGAUACUGUAGGCUGGUGCUGCAUUUCGUCCACUUUGUUAAGUAGUUGUAUAUUUGUCUGCAUGAAUUCUUAGGAUUUUGUUUCUGGGAAAGCUUCACUGAAAAUUUUAUUGUGGUUUGAUGAAAAGAUCAGGUUUCAAACAGUAGAAUACUCAGAUUUUUGUCUUGCUGCAACAACAGUCUGUUGAAAGUAAAGAAAAUAUAAUCAUUAAAUUGUGACAAUUAUAUAGUUUUGCUAUCAAGGUUGCAUUUCCCUUUAAGCUUGAAAGAAUGAGGAUUAAUCAGCAGUUUAAUUUGUUGACAAAGAGUCUUGUAAGCUGUGUAUGAUGAUAUGAUUAUUUGUGCUUUUAUUUAACCAUGCAAAUGCUGACUAUUACCAGAGUAAAACAAUUAUCUUAGAUUAUUCUAACACCAUAAUAGUUUACAUUAGAUUGAAAUAUUUUGAACGGUGUAAACAAAAAUCAGGGUUUUUUAGGGUUUGAUUUAGCAUUGAUUUCAGGUGUCCUGUUAUGUUUAUACCUAGUUUGUUUGGUGCAAAGUAGACUUAAAUGUUUUUUAUGACAAUCAUGCUACAUGGACUUCUACAUACAUUCAUGUGUAUCCAUCUCUGUUCAUUUAUUUGGGCCUCGGAUCUUAACAUCUAUCAGUUCAUCUAUUUUCAUGUUUUCACGACUGGCAGUGUAAUAAGCAAGGAGAUAGUAGUGAAGAUUUUGAAAUAACAAGAGAACAUAGAUAUACGUAUCAAGAAAAGAAAAUGCUAGGCCAAGUAAAAUUGGUUUCUAGUUUCUAGUCCCAACAUGCUUUCACUUUGAAUGUUUCUUUUUUUUAAAUUUAAUUUACACCCUGUACAAUGUUAUUUUAUUUUAUUGAAAAAAUAAUAUUUUGAUACCAGUAAGUUGUUUUUGUUAAAAAAGUACCGAUAUAGUGCAAAAGUACCAUAAAAAAUAUAUUGAAGUUUUGUGUUGAAUUAACCCAAAUGAUUUGUGUAUACAUGGAAAAUAUUAAUUGUUGAAUUAAAUGAUAUUGGGACAAGAAAUUAUGAACGAUUUUAAUUUUUUUCAACACUUUUGAUAAUGAUUCAAGUGAUAAGAGAGAAUUUCAAAUAAGUAAAUUACACAUUUUUGUUAUGUUCACUUGGUUGUAAUGUACAUUCAGGGUAAUAAAUAGUUU